AUGGGCUUGUUGACACACCUAAGUGUCUUAAACCAAGUGGCUUUGUUAGCUGCGGCGGCUUCUUUCCACGUCGUGACAGACCCUUAUGUUGCCACACAAUGGAAUGCCUGUCCUUCGACGUGCGAGAAUGCCAAUCCAAACGACUGGGACUUCUAUUCCGAUCUUCACAUUCUCAAAUCAUGUGAUGAGCCAAUGCUCCUGAACCUAGUAGUGAGCAAUCCCACAGGAGACCCCAAUAUUCGCCAGCCAUUGUAUGCCUGUUCAACAUCCAGCGUGGACAAAAUUGGGACUUUGAAAGCCGAAGUCCUCAAUACGCCAAGUGCCACGCGUAACUCGACCAAAAAUGUCCAGAUGGAGACUGCGUGGCGUGGAGAGGAAACGACCCAGUACUCCUCUCAUGCAGAGGUCGCAGCGCAACUUGUGCAAUCUCAUUUGGAUGCCCCUACCAGCCAAAAUGCCACCAUUGCUCUGGGCUACUCGAAUGGAGUCGCCUUUGGAGCGUUUAUUGGCUCCAAGAUGGAGAAGAGCAAGGACAAGAGUGUCCUCCAAUCCUUCGUUACAAAGCUUCGUCAAGGAGAAUUAAACAAAUAUGGCAUAAUGAUGCAGGUCUGCAACAGCAACCGUCCCGCGGCUUAUAACCUUGGUGUUGUAGCCGAAGCAAGUGCAGACCCUGCUGGAGCUUUGAGCGCUGUGCAAGAAGCACUUGCAACUUGGAACAACGGUCAAUGUGCUUCAGGAUACAGCGGAAGCUCAAACUCGAAGAUCUCAGUGGGCGAGGCCGAAGACGAUUUUACUCCUCCGAGCAACGGAACCAGUACACAUAGUCAUGGAAGCUCGCAUGGCAAGAGACACUUCUCUCAGUUGCACCGCCGUGGAACCUGCAGCGCUAUUAAGGUUAACGACGGCGACAGCUGCGGUGCUAUCGCCACUCGCUGUGGAGUCUCCCCUGCCGACUUCACAAAGUACAACCCGAGCAAAAAUCUGUGCUCGGCCUUGCUUGCUGGGCAACACGUAUGCUGCUCUGCCGGAACGCUUCCCGACUAUUCUCCAAAGCCAAAUGCAGCUGGAACCUGUGCGACUUACACAGUCCAAAACAACGAUGACUGCAGUAAAAUCGCCGCCGCCAAAAGCAUUACAACAGACAAUAUCAAAGAUUGGAACGCCAAAUCGUGGGACUGGACAGGCUGGUACAAGGGAGAUCCGCCAAUGCCCUCUGUCUUGAAGACCGCUGUGUGCGGCCCACAAAAGGCUGGGACGAAGAGACCGGAUGAUUGGGAUGAUAUCGAGAGCCUGAAUCCUUGCCCUCUCAAUGCCUGCUGCGAUAUUUGGGGCCAAUGCGGCACUACUUCAAAAUUCUGCACAAAAACCAACUCUACCACAGGCGCACCAGGAACGGCGAAAACUGGCACUGAUGGAUGUAUCUCGAACUGUGGCACUGGCAUCGUUUUUGACGAUAGCGGCUUCGAUGACCAUCCAGUGAUGGUUGGAUACUAUGAAGCCUUCCAGAAUACGCGGCCGUGUUUGAAUAUGGAUGUGACAGCCAUCAACAACACGGUUCAGUGGGUUGAUGUCUCGAGUGUCAAAGAUGAGUUUGACGACUUCAAGAAGUACUCAUCCCCGGGCAAAAAGCCAAAGGUCUUGUCCUUCGGUGGUUGGUCGUUCUCCACGGAUUUGGACUCAUAUGCCAUCUUCAGAAAGGGUGUGACAGAUGAUCAGUGUUCAUUAUUCGCGUCUAACGUAGCAAAAUUCGCCGAUGAUAAUGACCUUGACGGUUUGGACUUUGAUUGGGAGUACCCCGGCGCCCCUGAUAUCCCUGGAAUUCCUGCGGGCGAUUCAGGUGGCGGUGAUCGAUACCUUCAAUUCUUGAAGGAGGUUCGAGACAAGCUCUCCUCUGACAAAACUCUGUCGAUUGCGGCUCCAUCAUCCUACUGGUAUCUCAAGGGCUUCCCUAUCAAGAAUAUCUCGUCGGUCGUGGACUACAUCGUUACUUGGGCGGAUGAUGGUUGCGACGGCAGUGCCGGUCUCCGAUCUCACGUCAACAACACAGAAAUCUUGAAUUCCUUGUCAAUGAUCACCAAGGCCGGAGUCCCCAACAGCAAAAUCGUCGCGGGUCUUGCUAGCUACGGCCGGUCGUUUGGAAUGGUCGACCCAGCCUGCUUUAGUCCAGAGUGCAAGUUCACGGGCCCUGAGUCUACAGCCAUGCCUGGAAGAUGCACUGAGACACCUGGCUACAUUGCGAAUGCAGAAAUCCACGAGUGGCUGCAGGGUGAUCAGAACAUCACUACCUACUUCGAUGAAGUUAGCCGAUCUACAAUCUCAUACUCCGCCAAUGGAACAUGGGUGGCCUAUACGGAUGAAAAUGAGAGAAACAACCGGAUCACAAAUUGGUGGUACAACAGAACCGUUCUUGGGACCAGUCUCUGGGCGAUGGACCUGAAUGAGUUUGUGGCCGAACUUCCGGACGGCACCGUGCUGUCACCAUUGAAGCUGCCCAACUGCGAUCAAGUAUUCGACAGCCUGGACAAUGUAGAGGCUGCUGCCGAUUCAAUCAAUCCCGAAUGUAUGAAUAUUUAUCUGAUCCAGGCCUUGCAAGGCAAUCUCACGUCGUCGCUCACGAAGUAUCAUGAUGUCUUGAAAACCGACUAUGAUGAGAAGUUUGGCUGGUACCAAGAUGCCAUCAGAGAGCAGUUCCCUAAAUCUCUUGCCGCAUUUUUGAAGGCAAACGCCUCCAAUUACUUUGAUUGCACCUCUCAGCCCUUACACUCACCUGAUGGACAGCCAGAAGGCAAGAAUGUGAGCUCUGGGUGUCCCUCCAAUGCGUUGGACACAGGCUAUGCAGUAUUCUACUGGACCGCGAAAGACAAAGAGGGAUUCUUGAAUGACCUCGAAGAGUCAACCAAAAUCUCACCUGACCAGCUUCUAUGGGAAGUCGAUAGAUCCCAUUGUACGUCGAGUCCGGGCCCUUCACAACCGUCACAAUGCAGUGGCAGCAGGAACAUCGGCAAACCUGUUCUGCCGGAUGAUUUCACGGUCAGCAACCCUAAGACUAUCAUCUCAGCACGACUUCCAGAUAUCACAACCUUCCAAGAUCAGUCAGAUACCCUCUCCACACUCGCAACCAGUGAUUUGUACCUUGGUGACACAAGCGAUGUUGUGGACGGAGCAUCGAUGCUCGUACUCAUGGUAUCGAACUCGAUUACCAGUAUGAAGAGUGUUGAGAAGAUCGGGUCGGAAUACCACAAAGAGCAGGUUGAGGAGAUCAUUCUCCUAUUCGUCACAGCUCUCCUCCUACUCAUUCCUGGCGUGGACGAGGCAGCGGACGAGGCGGGAUUGGCCGCCGUCGCGAUCACGCUGAGGGCCAUUGGUGCCGCCGGUGAUGCAGGCUUCGGCAUUUAUGGUAUCGUGAGUGCGAAGGAUGGUGGAACUGCUGAAAUUUUUCUUGCUAUUCUGGGUGGACUUGGUGUUCUCGACAUGGUUAGAGCUCCUGCGCUUUUCGCGAAGGCGGCAAAGGCGAGAAGGGCAAUGUCUUCCGAGCAUAUCGCAACAUUGGGAGACGAGGUCAAGGGCGGAAUGGCCCAGAUUGAUAAAUUGAAGCAACUCUGCCGUUAGGUGGACGGAUUGGUAACUGUAAGCUAUCGGUCCUCUUGCUUCCAGAAACAUCUCGCCAUCAACAUGUAUCUAGUUCGUUUUUAGAUUGAUGUACUUGUUCUACUUGAAAGUUCUUGUCACAAAUAACAGAAUGCAUCUCAUCAUAGAGGUUAUGGACCCGUUAGAAGGCAUCGAGUUAA